AUGGCUAAGCUUGUGUGCAUCAUUCUGACCCUGUGUGUAAUUCAGGGAAGCUUCGCCUUCGUUCGCCGUGACGUCCAAGCGGCCCCCGCUGAGGAACCCAACUUCUUCCAAACCAUCAUGGGCAUCAAGGACAAGAUUGAAGUUGCGUUCCAAGAAACCCAACAAAACGUCUUGAAGUCGCUUGGAUUCCAAUCGAACGAAGAGGUAGUCCAGACGAUCCAACAAAACACCAACCAGUACGUGGAACGGCUCCGGUCAGUACAGGGUGUGCUAGACGAGGAGGUGAAAAAGCACUCGGACAUCUUCGAACCGAUCGUGAAGGAUCUGAAAGUCAAGCUGGACCAAACUACAGCCACUUUGUCGGAACAGAACCCGGAGGUUGCACAAAAGGCAAAGGAGUAUCAGCAGCAGGUGCAGACCAACGUAGAGUCCCUAGUGGCGGAAGCGCAGAAGACGGUCGAAAAACUGAAGGCUGACACGCGCGUGCAAUCCGAGGAGAUGCAGAAGGCAUUGAAAAUGUUGUACGAUUCUACGUUCGAAAUCUUCACCAAGACAGCGAACGAGUUGAAGCAGAAGCAAUAA